GUAGUGGAAAAAUCAUGCAGGCCUAUGGCUGCUUUCUAGUUAGCUUUUUUAUUCUCGCUUUAUUUUCCUUCUCCUCUUCUGCCCUAACCGAUGCCGAAGCGUCCUUUCUUGCACAUCGCCAACUCGUAAGCCUCCCAGAAGGUGGUGACAUUCCUGACAACUAUGAAUUUGAGGUUGAGCUUGAUCUGAAGUUUCCCAACACCAGGCUUCGACGCGCAUACAUUGGGCUUCAGGCUCUGAAAAAGGCCGUGUACUCGGACCCUCUCAAAACAACCGAGAACUGGGUUGGCGAGAAUGUAUGUGCUUACAACGGGGUCUUCUGCGCGCCGGCUCUUGAUGAUCCGGAACUUGAGGUGGUGGCAGGCAUUGAUAUCAACCAUGCAGACAUCGCUGGACACCUUCCUGCGGAAUUAGGGUUGUUGACGGACAUGGCAUUGUUCCAUAUCAACUCUAAUAGGUUUUGUGGAAUCAUCCCCAAGAGCUUUAGAAGGCUAACUCUUCUCCACGAGUUCGAUGUUAGCAAUAACCGCUUUGUGGGAUCGUUUCCCGACGUUGUCCUAGAAAUUCCUAACCUCAAGUACCUCGACCUUAGGUUCAACGAUUUCGAGGGGAAGCUACCUCCUGAGCUUUUCAACAAGGAACUUGAUGCUUUGUUCUUGAAUGAUAACAGGUUCACAUCCACCAUUCCUGAAAAUCUCGGCAACUCCCCCGUAUCAGUUCUUGUCGUCGCCAACAACCAACUCGAGGGCUGCAUCCCUAACAGCAUUGGAAAAAUGGUUAAAACUUUAAAUGAGGUUGUAUUCUCCAACAACAAGUUUACUGGAUGUCUGCCUCCUGAAAUCGGACAACUCGCAAACAUGGUGUUCGAUAUUAGUUCAAACACAUUCAGUGGGAUUAUGUCGAAAACUUUCAAGGGCUUGGAAAAGGUGGAGGAGCUGGAUAUCGCACAUAACAUGCUAACUGGGUUUGUUCCUAAUAGUAUAUGUACGUUGCCAAACUUGGGAAACUUCACGUUCUCGUACAACUACUUCAAUGGAGAGACCCAAAAAUGCGUGCCAGGAUCUCGGAAGGAUGUUGUGUUUGAUGAUGUGAGCAAUUGUUUACCAGACAGGCCUGAACAAAAGUCGGCAAAAGAAUGUCAUGUUGUGGUGAGCAAGCCAGUGGAUUGCAGUAAGGCAAAGUGUGGCGGUGGACAUGGGCUGUUGAAACCUUCUCAGCCUCUGGUUGAAAAGCCAAAGACACCAGAGCCAGAACAACCCAAACAACCACCACCACAACCUAAGCCACAACCACCAAAACCAUCACCUGAACUAGUUCAAACACCUCAUACACCAAAACCACCCAAGGAGGAGCAACCCAUGGAACAACCUCCCAAGGAAGAGCAACCCAAGGAACAACCUGCCAAAGAGGAGCCACCCCAGGUACAACCUCCUAGAGAUGAGCCACCGAAGGUGAAACCUCCUAAAGAGGAGCUACCAAAGGUGCAACCUCCUAAAGAGGAGUUACCCAAAGAACAACCUCCAAAAGAGGAACUACCACAACCGCCUCAAGUAGAAGCAUAUGCUCCAGAGCCGAUUUUAGAAACCUCAUCACCUACACCAUCACCAUCACCUAAAGACAUAGGUCCCAAGGUUCCAAUUUUCCUUCCACCAAUUGUUGACGCUCCUCUACCAGAACCCUUUGGGCAAAGAUCUGUCGUUCCAAUCCGCCCUCACCCACCAUCAGUUCACUCCCAUCCACCAGCUGUAGUAGUGCAACCACCACCAAUCCACUUGCAACCACCUCCGGUUCACUCUCCUCCACCACCAGUCCAAUCACCCCCACCACCAAUCCAUUCUCAUCCACCACCAGUGUACUCACCCCCACCACCUGUCCAUUCUCCUCCACCCCCAGUGCACUCACCCCCACCACCCGUCCAUUCACUUGCACCACCAGUACACUCACCCCCACCACCUGUCCAUUCUCCUCCACCUUCAGAGUACUCACCCCCACCACCUGUCCAUUCUCCUCCACCCCCAGUGCACUCACCCCCACCACCCGUCCAUUCACCUGCACCACCAGUACACUCACCCCCAGCACCUGUCUACUUUCCUCCACCACCAGUCCACUCUCCUCCUCCACCGGUACACUCACCCCCACCACCAGUCCAUUCGCCUCCACCACCAGUGCACUCACCCCCACCACCUGUCCACUCUCCUCCACCACCCGUUCACUCUCCUCCACCACCAGUCCAUUCUCCUCCUCCACCUGUGCACUCACCCCCACCACCGGUCUACUCACCCCCACCACCUGUACACUCACCCCCACCACCAGUGCACUCGCCACCGCCACCAGCACCAGUCCACUCACCGCCACCUCCAAUCCAAUCAUCACCACCACCGGUACCGAUCCACUCAUCGCCACCUCCAGUCCAAUCACCUCCAAUCCAAUCACCACCACCACCUUCUCCAUCUCUAUCACCUCCUUCUCCCGUUUCCUCACCACCCUCUCCGGUAUAUGACUUCGCAUUGCCACCUACCAUCGGGUUCCAAUACUCAUCUCCACCUCCACCAAUGUUCCCAGGCUACUAAGCGCACUGCGAUAUCAAGCUCCCACCCGGCCCUGCAUGAAAAUUUGUUUAUAAAUAUUUACAAUCUCACAGAAAUACACCCACUUUUGUUAGGACCAUAGCUUGUAAUUCAUGACAUGAAAGUGUAAAUCUUUUCAUAUGCUACGGAAUGCAAUAAAAAGGACGUUAUCGGCAAAUCACA